UGCAUUGGGUGGGGUGUAGAACCGAGAGUGUGAUGCAUUUGAAGGCGGAACUACACUGCUGAGAGAAGAUAGAAGUUUCUGGUUUGCAAGUGAAGACGGAAAAGAGGCAGCAUUAAAUAUGAAAGUCGGUCACACUUUGAGCUGCUUCAUCUUCCUCAGCCUGCAUGGAACCAUUGGUCUCGCUAAUGCAGAAGGUUCCGUCCAUACAGGGAUGGACUGCAGUAAUGCCCAGUGUGUUGACCCCUGUCAUAGCUACACCGUACUGAAUGAUGACUGGCGUUCAACAAAUAACACAGAUAUUCAGGUCGUACACUGUGAUAAAAACAUUGAUUGGCAAGGCUGGUAUCGCCUGUUUCUAGGGGAAUCCAGUGCUCAUAUUCCAGAGAGGUGUCUAGACCCCAACAGGUGUGGAACUCAUGCUCCAUUGUGGAUAACACAACCUCAUCCCACACAGUCGGGUGAAAUUGUAACUCGCACCGUGUGCAGUUCUUGGGAAGGCAACUGCUGCAAAUUUGAGUCACACACCAUCCAUGUCAAACGCUGCUAUGGAAACUACUAUGUUUACAAACUCGUGAAGCCAGCCACAUGCGAGCUUGCAUACUGUGCAGAGAUGAACAUAACAGAUCCUAGAGUUCCUGUUACCACACCUGCUCCAACACCACAGACCUCGUCACCCACUCAGGUCCAUAUCACCGUUACAACAGCAGUGGAUAACAGCACAGCAGUUGAGGGGGAGGUCCGCCUGGUUAAUAGAGGUAAUGACUCCUGCUCUGGCAGGGUGGAGAUCUUCCAUGGUGGACAGUGGGGGGCGGUGUGUGAUGAUGCCUGGAGCCUGGGAGAAGCGCAGGUGGUGUGUAGACAAUUGGGCUGUGGCAGGCUCCUCUCCAUACCAACAAAUGAACAAUUUGAACAGGGCACAGGACACAUCUGGUUGGAUAAUGUCACAUGCUCAGGCAGCGAAUCACAGCUCUCUGAGUGCCAUCACUCAGUGUUUGGAUCCCACAACUGCAGCCACCAUGAGGAUGUUGGUGUCAUCUGUGAAGGCUCUCACCCAGAUUUCUCCCUGCUUUUGGUUGUUGUAAUUGUGGUCAUGGUAGUACUGAUGCUGCUUUCUGUUCUGAUGUUGAUCUACAAAAGGAGGACCGAGAGCUCCGUUGAUUUGGACAGAAGGAGAAACUCAGACCACAACCAGACUGAGACUGCCCUCUAUGAAAAUUUUUGCCCAGUCUCCAGAUGUGAAGAUUCAAUCUACCAGAGCCUCGAUCCUGCCAGCAGCGACCAAGACCAAACCUACUGCAGUCUCACGCGCUCAAAAUAGCCCGUUUUCAGACAUGCAUUCAGAUCAUGUCAUAUGACACAUAAAAGGCUUAUUUUUAUGUCAGUGCACACGAAGUCUGAAGCCGAAAGCUUGGCUUAACAGAGGAAGUUGAUAAUGUGAUACCCGUUAUCUCCAACUGAGGUUUUAGUUUUCAUCGAGCCAGCUAAUUCAAAGAAAGCCUGUCUGUGUUCAUAGUGUACCCCUCUGGUCAGACAAAGCUAUACACACACUUAACCUAUUGGUAUAUUUGAAGGAUUUUGCUCAUUAUCAGUUUAAAAGAUGUUGGCUAUUUUUUUUAAAGUCAGUGUUUACCUUUGUACCUUUUAAUGUGCCUGAUGUAGUGAGUUUUUCUUGUUCACCUGUAGCUUUGGCAAUUCUUGAUAACUGAGCCUCAGACAGUGAGAUUCACUGAGCAAUUCACACAGCAGCAGUAAACCAAAGUUUGCAUCUAUUUAGUGAAGAAAGCAAAAUAUCUUCUUUAAGGUUAAAAUCAAUUAUUUUUGCAACAGUAGAUAUGAUAGUAGAGGUUUCAUUUUUAAGGAAAAAAAGCUUUGAGCACCUUGAUUUGCAUUCACACAGGAAGCAAGGCGGCAACUAGUGUCUAAAGAAAGUCAGUAACAUUCAGUAACUUCAAGCAAAAUACAUCCUGGUGAUGCAAAAUGAGUGGGUCAUGAGUCAAACUUCUCAUGACAAGCAAUUACCACGGAGAGUAGAAAUGAAAAUAUUGAUGAUUAACCUAUGACAGGGCGAUAUAGAUUAGGCAACCAGAAGCUGUAAUUUCCACUAGCGGCUGAAUGUUAACAGCAAAGUGAUGCACAAUGUGAGUCACUUCCUGUGUGAAUGCCCUUUUACUUGUUUUGUAAUCACUGGCUACAACAAACUCACACUUUGAAGCCACCAGGCUUCUGCUGCUCAUGUUCUCAUGGUAGGAGUCUUCUGUGGUCACUGUUUAAGUACCUCGAUAACAAAGCAGUAAAGGUUCUAUUGCCACAUCCUGUCUGAGUAAUUUUCCUGAUGAUGUGCGUCAGUUUACCAACUUGCAAUGUGACUUCCAGGAGAAUAAAGCACCAUUCAACAAAGCAAAAGUCAUCUCAAACUGGUGUCAUUAACACUUUGUUAAGCUUCAAUCACCAGCACACUUUAAAGAUACAGUGAAACAGAAAUUUCAGUGUGCAGCUGACAAAAUCUGAAGAAAUUUGAUUGCAGGAUUCAUAUUUUUGGUGAUUUUCUCUGUGAGAAACAUAUUUGCUACUCAGAAAAAAGAAAGGAUUGAAUUUUUCAUGCAUUUGUGAAUCUUAUAUACAUUAUGCCGUGCAAAUGGUCCAACCACUGUGUGUCAGUUUGACAGAAACCUUGCAAUCUCAUCUGUUUUACUGCUUUAUGGCAAAAGUUUUGUACGAGAAAAAAACAAUUAUAUUUCUUGUACGCUAAUUCAACAACCUGUCUGCGUCAAAUUCAUUAGCCACAUGCAGAGAGAAGCCAGUGCGUACACAAGAGUGUCUGCUUUAAACUUUUGGCAUAAACUUAAUUUCAUAAACACAGCAACUCAGAUGAGAUGAUUUUUAGGCAGAAAAUAAAAUGAAAAUUAGCCUAUGACACAUUUAGAAGCACGGGAGUACAACAGUGAGUGUACAGUGUGUGUGUGUGUGUGUGUGUGUGUGUGUGUGUGUGUGUGUGUGUGUGUGUGACCUCAUCAUUGAGAGAAGUUCCUGUUUUGUUAAGAAGGAACAGAAACAGCAUUAAACCAUCAGAGCCUCAAGAUGAAAGUGUGUCACACUCUGGUCUGCUUCAUCAUCCUUACAGCACAGCAGGAUGGUCGUGUCAAUGCAGAAACAGCCAGACACAGAAAAAUGGAAGGAGAAGACAUCACACUUGAAUGCAGGUUCUUUAUCCGUGGAAACAGGAGGCUCUUCUGUAAACAAGAAUGUGAAAAGGGAAACAUUCUGAUUAAUACAACUGCUGACACAUUUCAGAGUGGCAGAUACAGCAUUGAAUAUGUCAAAAAAAAAAUUAAAUAUGAUAUUAUGUAUGUGAGCAUCACACAGCUGAAACAGUCUGACUCAGGACGGUACAAGUGUUUUUUGGACAGUACUUUGAAACCAGAUUAUUUUGAAAUAAUUGUCACAGAAGCUGUAAAAACUUCAACAUCAGGCUCUACUCCAAAAGCUUUUUCAUCAUCAGCCUUUCUCCUAUCAACCUCAACAACAGCAACAACAGCAGCAACAACAACAGCAACAACAGCAGCAACAACAACACAAAGUUUUAACUUCAGUUUAGAAAGCUCUACAUCUUCAUCCUCCUCCACUGAAAUCCUGAACCAUCCUGAGACACCUGCAGGUCCAGAUAAGCCGCUUUAUGUGAUUCUGAUUCUGGUCAUCAUGAUCACCCUCUUAUCAGCCACUUUGCUGAUUUUCUACAAGAAGAGGAAGGCCAUUAAACCUAAAGGACCUCCUGUAGAAACAGAAUACGCCAAUAUCACACAGAAUAACCGAGUGUGUGAAGAGAUAAGAGACGGCAGUUCACCUCCUGUGGAAGUGUCUUCAGCUGAUGCCUAUCCCAAAACCUGCCAGCGAGCUGGAGUUGAAAACCUUGAACUUUACAGCCUCAUCACCUAUUCUCAGAGUAAAGCUGAAAAUGACACAGAUGAAGUUGAUUACACUGAAGUGGAUUUUUCCCACAUGUCUGUAACCAACAGCGCCCUCUGUGGUAAAUCAGGUGAUGUUGUCUACUCCACACCUCAGAUACAUGCUAGCCCCAGGAACCAUGUUAAAGAUGCUUCACCUCCUCUGUACUCUAUAAAACCGAAACUGAAAAACUAAAAAAAAGGGAACACCUGAAGAGUCUUGCACUGUCACUGCAAAGAGAAUAGAGGUUGCUGAGGGGCGUAACAAAGUGUUUGAGAAGUGUUUUUUCACAAAUGAUUCAAAGUUUAACUUGGAAGCCACAGCGAAUGCAGUGUGAAACAAAAGACUUCACGUGAUGUGAUGAUGGAAGAGAAUAUUUAUGUUUUAUUUACACUUGUAUGCAGUAAAUUUUAUCCGACUGGAUGUUUAGUUUUUUGGAACGAAGCCUGUUCACGGUAAAAGCCGUUUGUUUAUGUUGUUUUGUACUGACAGUAGCUGAAAGUACUUUAUGAAUAGUUAUUAUAGAGUAAACAAGGAUGCAUUUCUCUUAGCUACUGCAUUUGAAAAACGACCUAUACUGUCUUCUUUGUUUGAUUCUGUAUUCUUAUUUCACUGUUCUUAUUUCAUAGGAAACAUAUUGUACAGUGGGCUGAAUUCAAAAGCCAGUUUAUCUGAUGGAUUAUGUUCACUGUGUAAAAAAUAAUGUAAAUCUAAAAUAUGCAGUCAUUGUCAUCACAAUCUUUUUGUUAUAAAACCUGUGGUGAGUUAUAAAUAUUUUUGAUAAUACAGAGUAUUGAUGUUGA